AAAAUUCAAGCUGGAAAGACCGAAAUUAAAACGGACAAACAAGGAGAUUAUAUUCGUCGUGUCACUCUUUCUACUACCAUGGUAUCACAAUACCUAGAAAAAGAAUAUUCUGGCUUGGAAAAAACUACUAAAAAACCCCGUGAAUAUCACGUUAAAGAGGCUUUAACUAGAUAUAUGAAGGACACGGAAGAAGUUAAAGAGACGGAAAAAUACCGGAAAAGAAAAAAACUACCUCAUGAAUAUCACAUU